GAAAAUCUAACUUUCACCCACUCACACUAUUAGCACUUUCUUCCUUUUCUUCCCAAAAGAAAAAAAACAAAACAACUCUGUUUCUCAUCUUUACAUCUCUCGUUUCCAAAAAAAAACUUCUUCGAAUCUCCAAAUAGAAAAUAAAUAACAGAGUGAGGAAGAGAGAAGAGACGAGAGAGUAGAGAUGACGCGAAAAUAUUUUCAGAGAGAGGUGUUGCCGGUGACGGCGCUGGUAACAAUGGAAUGUGCCAACGUGGCCUUAAACACUCUGUUCAAGGCAGCCACUUUACAAGGCAUGGGGUUCCAUGUCUUCAUCGUUUACUCUUAUGGUCUCGCUGCUCUUCUUCUCCUUCCUUCUCUUUUCUUCUCCUACAGAUCAAGAACGCUUCCACCGAUGAAUUUCUCAAUUCUCUACAAAGUCGUGCUUCUUGGGUUAAUUGGAUGCUGCUCAAACAUAAUGGGCUACACAGGCAUUAACUAUAGCUCUCCAACACUUGCUUCUGCAAUCAGCAACCUCACUCCUGCGUUUACCUUCUUGCUGGCCAUCCUUUUCAGGAUGGAGAGUGUAUCUUUCAAGAGAACAAGUAGUGUGGCUAAAAUGUUAGGAACCAUAGUCUCCAUUGGAGGAGCAUUUAUUGUGACUCUUUACAAUGGUCCUGUGGUGAUCAAUAUGUCACCACCGUCCAUUUCUCUGAGAUCGCAAUCUCCAAACCACGAUUGGAUCAUUGGUGCGGCUUUUCUUGCCGUCGAGUAUUUCAUGGUUCCGUUGUGGUAUAUUGUUCAGACUCAAAUCAUGAGAGAGUAUCCAUCCGAGUUCACCGUUGUUUGCUAUUAUAGCUUUGGAGUGAGCUUUUGGACCGGGCUGGUCACGUUGUUCACUGAAGGGAGUGACUUGAGUGCAUGGAAGAUAAAACCAAAUAUAGCUUUAGUAUCAAUCGUUUGCUCGGGAUUGUUUGGAUCUUGCAUAAACAAUACAAUCCACACGUGGGCGUUGCGGAUCAAGGGACCUUUAUUCGUUGCAAUGUUCAAGCCUCUGUCCAUUGCCAUUGCCGUCGCAAUGGGCGUGAUAUUCCUCCGGGAUUCUCUUUACAUCGGCAGCUUGAUAGGGGCAACGGUAAUAACGAUCGGGUUUUACACGGUGAUGUGGGGCAAAGCUAAGGAAAUGGCCUUAGUCGAAGAUAACAACAAGGCUAACAACGAGGAUGCUAACGAAGCUGACCUUGAUUCUCCAUCAGGUUCACGGAAGGCUCCUCUCUUGGAAAGUUACAAGAACGAUGAGCAUGUAUAAGUAUCAUCAACCAGUUAAUACAGCUCUCUAUAUUUGUGUGUGUAUGAAAAUUUGAUAUGUAAAAGUCUUUUAAUUUAUUUGACGAUACAAAUGUGAUCUUUAAUUUUAGGAAUCAAGUUUCUUCUAAUCACAAUUA